AUGGCCGGCUCGCUGGGCAGGGGGGCGGCGUGCUGGCGGAUGCGGAGCGCGGCGGGCGGCAGGAAGGAGAAGCCGCCGGGCGGCAAGCCCCAGCCGCGGCACGAAAAUAUGAAGAAGCCCUGGAGCCCUGAUUUACCAGUUGAUAACCACUCAUACAAUUCGGAUUUCACAUCCGUCCCAGACAGGGAAGGUGAGAAAGAAUUAACACCCGAUGGCACUGAAGAAAAGAAGGAAAGAGAAAAGAAACACACCAAUUUCACUUUGUGUAAUGUUUGUAACAUUCAGCUGAACUCUGCUGCUCAGGCACAAAUCCACUACAAUGGCAAAUCCCAUCAGAAGAGGUUAAAACAGCUCAGUAAUGGAAAUCUCAAAAGUGAUAAUGGUGGUACAUGCCAGAGCGCUGCUCUUCCAGCCCUAGUGCGUCCUCCUGCUCCACCUUUGCAGCCGUCGUUGGAUAUUAAACCUUUUCUUCCAUUUCCUCUGGACACUGCUGCAGCAGUCAAUCUCUUCCCCAACUUCAAUGCAAUGGACCCAAUUCAAAAAGCUGUAAUAAAUCAUACAUUUGGGGUUCCUCUUCCUCAUCGAAGAAAGCAAAUCAUAUCAUGCAACAUUUGCCAGCUGAGAUUUAAUUCUGAUAGCCAGGCUGCGGCCCACUACAAAGGCACUAAACAUGCCAAGAAGCUCAAAGCACUGGAAGCCAUGAAAAAUAAGCAGAAAUCUGUUACUACCAAGGACAGCGCAAAGACUACCUUCACUUCCAUCACUACCAAUACCAUCAAUACCAGCUCUGACAAAACAGACGUUACCACAGGGACACCAGCAAUAUCAACGACGACAACUGUGGAAAUCCGGAAGAGCAGUGUUAUGACAACUGAGAUCACCUCUAAAGUGGAGAAAAUCCCGACAGCCACUAGCAGCACCACAUGCCCUUCCGUUGAGACUGAGGAAGAAAAAGCAAAAAGACUGCUGUACUGUUCACUAUGCAAAGUCGCUGUCAACUCUGCCUCGCAGCUGGAGGCGCACAACAGUGGGACUAAGCACAAAACUAUGCUGGAAGCUCGGAAUGGAAGUGGAACCAUAAAAGCCUUUCCCCGGGCAGGCGUAAAAGGCAAAGGACCUGUGAAUAAAGGAAACACAGGCCUUCAGAACAAAACAUUUCACUGUGAAAUAUGUGAUGUGCACGUAAACUCUGAGACACAACUGAAACAGCACAUAAGCAGUAGAAGGCACAAAGACAGAGCUGCUGGGAAGCCGCCUAAACCUAAAUACAGCCCUUACAACAAACUCCAAAAGGGAACACAUCCUCUAGGGGUAAAAUUAGUAUUUUCAAAGGAACCUUCAAAGCCGAUGGCUCCACGAAUCUUACCAAAUCCGCUAGCAGCUGCAGCAGCAGCUGCCGCUGUGGCUGUGAAUUCCCCCUUCAGUCUUCGAACAGCCCCAGCAGCCACCCUUUUCCAGACUUCAGCACUUCCUCCAGCACUCCUAAGACCAGCUCCAGGGCCUAUACGGACCACCCAUACUCCCGUGCUGUUUGCUCCUUACUGA